GUCUAGGUGCCAUAUUGGCUCAGAAGGAUAUAGAUAACUAUGAGCACAUCAUAGCCUAUACUAGUAGGACCUUGGGUCCUGCCGAAGUCAACUACUCACCUACGGAAAUAGAAUGCUUAGCAGCCAUUUGGGGAAUGGAGUAUUUUAGGCCAUAUAUAUAUAUGCGUUUUUUUGAAUUAGUUACUGACCAUUCAGCUCUCCAAUGGUUACUUAAUCAACCCAACCCAAAUAAAAGGAUAUAUCGAUGGAUCGCUAGGAUUGCUGAUUACCCCUAUAAGACAGAUGUCUUGAAUCCUUCUAAUAACAAAAUUGCACUAUUAAAUUUACAAAAAAAAAUAGACCCCAAACAAUACUCGGACAUUUUAGCUUAUCUAACAACACUUUUGGCACUCCUGCACUUAACUACAACCCAACAAAAACAAUUUAAGCAAAAAGCAAGUCAAUUUAUACAAAUAAAUCAACAAUUAUAUAAAAGAAAUAAUAAAAAGGAUACUCAAUCUACUCCCCUCAAGGAACCUACAACAAGGCCAGAGAUCAAACUGCAAGAAGGUAACCAAAAAGACAACCCAGACCACCCAUACGACCUACAAGUUCAAAGCCACAUUGACUAUAUUACAGAAAGAUUACAACAAGUACAAAUGGAAGCAAGCAAAAAUAUCAAACUAGGCCAAAAGAAACAAAAAAAGAGAUACGACAAGCAAGUAAAGGAUACAAAGCAACAAUCAGCUCGUAACCACCUCGUUGAAAAUGUCAUCGAUUACUACUCGCUUGAGAAACAGACUCCUUUAAGAUUCUUACCACCUUACAACACAAACGACCUUUGGGAGACGGCUCUAAGUAAAGUAGUUUAUAAGUGUCAAGAAGCCAUGAAAGACAAACAUCGCAUUCGAUUAUUAGCAAAUUCAUACUAUCUAGGCAAAUUGCUAAAAAUCGAAAAUGGCCGAGCUAAGUAG